CCGCCGCCGCCGGGUGCUGCCUCUAUGGCGAGGAGGAGGAGGAGGAGCGCCAGCUCAGAGACACAAGUACAUAAAUAAAGGACAAAGUAUUUUAUGAAACAGAUCUUCAAUCAAAUAUAACAUUUUGAUGCUUGGCAUCUAGACUCCCUUCUGCCCUCACUAUGCCAGCAGCAACUGUAGAUCAUAGCCAAAGAAUUUGUGAAGUUUGGGCUUGUAACCUGGAUGAAGAAAUGAAGAAAAUUCGUCAAGUUAUCCGAAAAUAUAAUUACGUUGCUAUGGACACCGAGUUUCCAGGUGUGGUUGCGAGACCCAUUGGAGAAUUCAGGAGUAAUGCUGACUAUCAGUACCAGCUAUUGCGAUGUAAUGUAGACUUGUUAAAGAUAAUUCAGCUAGGACUGACAUUUAUGAAUGAACAAGGAGAAUACCCUCCAGGAACUUCAACUUGGCAGUUUAAUUUUAAAUUUAAUUUGACGGAGGACAUGUAUGCCCAGGAUUCUAUAGAGCUACUAACAACAUCUGGUAUCCAGUUUAAAAAACACGAGGAGGAAGGAAUUGAGACCCAGUACUUUGCAGAACUUCUUAUGACUUCAGGAGUAGUCCUUUGUGAAGGAGUUAAAUGGUUAUCAUUUCACAGUGGUUAUGACUUUGGCUAUUUAAUCAAAAUUCUGACCAAUUCUAAUUUGCCCGAAGAGGAACUUGACUUCUUUGAGAUCCUUCGAUUGUUUUUUCCUGUCAUUUAUGAUGUGAAGUACCUCAUGAAAAGCUGCAAAAAUCUUAAAGGUGGAUUACAAGAAGUUGCUGAACAGUUAGAGCUGGAACGAAUAGGACCACAACAUCAGGCAGGAUCUGAUUCAUUGCUUACAGGAAUGGCCUUUUUCAAAAUGAGAGAAAUGUUCUUUGAAGAUCAUAUUGAUGAUGCCAAAUAUUGUGGUCAUUUGUAUGGCCUUGGUUCUGGUUCAUCCUAUGUACAGAAUGGCACAGGGAAUGCAUAUGAAGAGGAAGCCAACAAGCAGUCAUGACAUGAAAUAGUCCUUUUUAUUUUAUUUGACCUACACACAUGCUUGUAUAUAGGUUUUAUCUCUGGUUGAAUCCUUUGAACAAUAGACAAUACGUUUUCCCCCCUUUUGUAGCCCAUUUGUUUUUUGCCUUUCAGUACUAAGUAUGACCGUUCCUAUCUCAGAUCUUAAUAAAUAGAAGUAUAUUCAGGUUAAAUUUGGCCUUAAUUUAAAAUAUUUGUUAGCAAGCGUGUGUGAUAGAGUGGGGAAAGCUACAUCAUAUUGAAUAAUUUGAUAAACUUUACCUACUUGAGCUUGUCCCCUCCUCUGCUCCCCCCCCCACGCCCUUUCCUAAAUUAACUAGCACUGACUGUAAUUUAUUUCCCUGUUUCAUGUCUCUCCCUUCCGUUCUGCAGGAGUUUUAGCUAUUUGAGAUUGUGGACCAUCAAUUGUGCACUUUAGAGAGUGAUUCCAAUCCUCUGUUUUAUCAGAAAUUGUGGUUUUUCUUGCUCUUAGCUAGAAAAAUGACCAUCUGCCAACUUUCUACAGUAUUUUGUUUUGACCUACAGAAUAUAAUUGCACAGGUGUUGUGCAAAUUGUUGAUUCAGCAAGACUAACAACAACGAACUACUGAGGAGCUUAAUAACUACUGUUUCUGUAUGUAGUGUUUAAUCUUCCAAGCACAUCUAGUGUCUGUCAGUUUCUCAUUGGCAUAUGUAGGCUGCUCUGUGACUGAAGAAUUUUCAAACCAGCUUUACACCCUUCAGGAAAAAAAAAAAAAAAAAACCCUUGUGAUUGGAUAUUUAGUAUCUGCCAGGAAACUGGAAUUCAAGAGAUUGAGGCUACACUUAUUUUAUGAUAGCACACUUCCCUUGAUCUGCUUUUUAUUCCAUCACUGUUAACCCUUUUUAUUUUAUAGCCAUACUUAUGAUGCUCUUGAUUUGUUGAUUAUACAGAUCAAUUUCAUUAAAGUCCAAAGAACAAGUCUUUAGGUAUAUUUUGUAUCAAAUUAAAAGAGAAAAAUUGUGCUUUCAUAGUUGCUACAAAGAAAUACUGGAGAGAUUUGGUGCGGAAACAACAAAACACAAUAUAUAUAUACACACACAAACACAUAUAUAUAGCUAAUAAAAUUACCUGAGGAGUGUAAUGCUUGUUUAUUUUUUUGUGUAUAUCUUUGCAAUCUAUUUUAUAUAUAUUUGACAAAAGAGACUGUGAAAUAUUUAGCCAUGCAGAAUAUGUGACCAGACCAGAGCAUGUGUAGGAAGACUUUUUGGUAAUCUUUAACUCUACCCUAAAAUGAUGGACUACAAGUUAUUAUGUGUUACCUACACUUCAAUCAGUAAUAUUAGCAAAUCUCCAAGUGUUAGAAACAUUAGUUUGUUUCCCUUGUACAUUCUUUAUUCAUAUUACAAUGCUGUAACUGGGUGGUCCUUUUUAAACAAAACAUUAUUUGCAAAACAGAGGGUAUUAUUUGUUUUUAAAGCUUUUGUAAAUAAAGGCUUCAGAAAUGUUUUCCUAAA